AAAAAUUUAAGUCGGGUGUAUACAUCACUCUAAAUAAAGUUUUCCUAACCUAAUGGUCAAAUGAGUAAAAAAAAAUUGGUAAAAUUAGGUUACCAGCCUACUUGUAGAGGAGAGUGAGUUGUGUACUUACUACCAAUAAGCCAAAGCCAAAACCCAAUUAGCCAAGUGGGGACAAAAGAAAGCAGAAAGAAGUGAGAGGGGGAAGAAAGAAAGAAACAGAAACGAAGCUGAGUCGAGAGAGAAAAUUAGCAAAAGUUAGUGACGAGGAGGAGGAAGACGAAGACGAAGACGAAGGGAUGAGUUGGCCUCAAACUGCCUGGCAAAUGAGAAAUUAGACCGACCCUUAAAGGCCCCUACAUCAAUUCACGUAAUGCUCAUUUGAAUUUUCGUUUACGGCAGCCUUUGUGAAUCAUAACCAGAAGAAGCAUAACCAGUGAAAGAAAGAAAGGAGGAGGAAGAAGAUUAGCGAGAGAGAGAGAGAGAGAGAGAGAGAGAGAGAGAGAGAGAGAGAGAGGCGUAGGGUGGGGCCGGGGCAGAGGAUAGGAGGUAGGAGGUGUUUAUGAUGCUUUGUGAAUCAUUGCGUGAUCGAAUACAGCCAUGGCUUCGUGAUUACGACAGGCUUCAGUCAUUGGCCGUCAUUCUCCUCUACAUUCAGAUUGGGUGCGCAUUGGUGGGAUCGCUGGGUGCACUCUACAAUGGGGUUUUGCUGAUAAAUCUGGCCAUUGCAUUGUUCGCCCUAGUCGCAAUCGAGAGCAGCAGUCAGAGCCUCGGCCGCACAUAUGCCGUCCUUCUCGUCUGCGCCAUCUUCCUCGAUGUUUUCUGGUUCAUUCUCUUCACCCACGAAAUCUGGAACCUUUCUCGCGGGAGUAAUACAACUUUGUACAUCUUCUCCGUAAAGCUCACUCUGGCCAUGCAAAUUAUCAGCUUUUCCAUCAGGUUAUCCUCUUCCUUGUUAUGGAUUCAGAUCUACAGGUUGGGCCUUUCUUAUGUAGACACUAGUGCAACUCCUAGAGAAGCUGAUUUUGAUUUAAGAAAUAGUUUCUUGAGUCCCAGUACUCCCGUUGUACCCAGACAAACUUCAGAUUCUAGUGAUGCUAUAGGAGGCGCUAUCUAUGAUCCUGCGUAUUACUCCUCACUCUUUGAAGAUGGUCAGGGAAAAUAUUGCAGUGGCAACGGAUCUACUUCUGCUGUCGAAGCUUCUAAGACAAAACCAUCCGUAGUCAGAUCGUUUCAGUUCGUAGAUGAGGAGAAGGCAGCAAGCCAGCCUAGUUCAGUUUAAUUUUGAGUGUGCCAUCUCUGUCUUCUUUACGGAUCAACUCCCCUAGCUAGUUGUCUAGAGGAUCUUUCAAAUGGUGUAGUCGCUGCGGCGAGAUUGUGUUCGGGAGUGGGCCUUGUACAGUCGGAUCACAUAUAAUUGCAUUUUCAUUUUGCCCGGAUGAGGAUGGGAAGAUGUUGAUCAGAUGAAAGUGUUAAAAGGAGAAGCACAUGGUCCAUGUGGUUUGGUUUGGUAUGCCAAAAGCUUUGGAUCAAGAUCCAAGUUCAGUGGUACAUGCGUAUGAACAUUGUCGGAUAUGGAAUCGUGUUAGCGUGUUGGCUUAACAACGCAGCAAUCGGACAUGUGGGUGUUAGUUAAGUUGACAAUAGGGAACCAUGAGAAGGCAAUUGCCUCUUGUUCCCCUAAUAGCAUUUGUUCACCCUAUCAAUGGAGCUUUGUUUUCUGUUGGAUUUUACACCCCCUUACAAUGUCAUUCGCUACAUAAUUGCAAGAGGUUUAUUUGUCCCCAAGUACGUACGCAUGUAGAAAAUUUAUGACACAAAAUUUUUGGAUAGUUCGCGGAUGGAAGGGAGUAGUGUAUUGGUGGACUUGUUCGUUCUUCUUGCUUAGGAAAAAGGUGGUUUCGAAUUUCCAUCGCCCCCUCCUUUUUUUUUUGUUGGUGUAAUAAUAUAAUUGAUGCUUUUCGAAUCAUGGAUAUGGGAGGAAUAUAUGAUAUAUUAAAUAGUGGGUUGGAAGGGCGAGUGAGCAUUCUCCUUCAUUUA